AUGCCACCUGGGGCUCUAGCUGUAAACACAUCUCGCUUGAAGCAUGACACAAGGAACAAAAGCACCACUUCUAGCAUGCGUCAAAGAACACAAGCUCCUCCACCGCCUCAUACUAGCGUAGUACCACCACCGCCUCAUACCACCGUAGCACCACCAUUGCCUCAUACAACCGCAACACUUUCCCCGCCUCUUACAGCCCCAACACCUCCACUGCCUCAGACAAUCGAAGCAGUAUCACAGCCUCAGACAACUGACACAUCACAGACAUUUGAGGAAUCCACAUUUGUUCCUACCCCUGGAGUGACACAUCAUGUUUUGCAAGGUCCAGCUGUCAAUCACACCACGAUAGCAGGGGAGGAAGAUGAGAGGGACCAAACUGUUUCUGAUGAGGAAGAGGAGGCCGCAGAACAAGCAUUUGCUGACGGGCAAAGGCCAAUGAGCAUUGUGGGAAACGGUAUAGUGAGCUUAAACCUGAGAAUAGAAGAGAAGAGAGACAUGCAUACUUUGAUUUGUUUAAAUCUUUUGUUCAAUGGGAGCCGUGUGCUGACGCCAAAAUACAAGAUUUGUUUCAUAAAGCUUGUGGUAAAAGAAUAUCUGAUAUAUUUGAAUUCAAAAAUGUCUCUCGACAAAAUAAGACUAAUCGAGCAUCAACCAAAGGGGGGCGGUCCAUACCACGGGACGAGAAAAAGUUGA